UUGCGUUCAUUUUCGUACUGGCUGAUGAAAAGGAACAUCCGGUCGGCUGGUAAGGAGGGCAAAUGAUGUUAGCAGCAGCUGCUACUAUUCUCACAUCAUCAGCUUCUAGAGCCUUCAGCACCACCACUCGGAGGCCUCUUCAUAACUCCGUUGCUGCCUUCUCUCACCUACGUUCUCUCUCUUCCCCAAUCUCUCGCUUCUCAGUCCGCUCAAUGGCAGACUCCGCAGCCUCUUCCUCUCCUUUCAAGAAAAUUCAAAUCCAAAGAGACGAUACUGCAUUUGAUGCAUAUGUGAUUGGCAAAGAAGAUGCUCCUGGGAUAGUCGUGCUUCAAGAGUGGUGGGGUGUGGAUUUUGAGAUCAAGAACCAUGCUAUAAAAAUUUCUCAACUCAAUCCAGGAUUUAAAGCUCUUAUCCCAGAUUUAUACAGAGGGAAGGUCGGUUUGGAUGUUGCAGAAGCACAGCACUUGAUGGAUGGUCUUGAUUGGCAAGGUGCUGUUAAGGAUAUACGUGCUUCAGUUAACUGGCUGAAAGAAAAUGGCUCAAAGAAGGUUGGUGUUACUGGAUUUUGCAUGGGGGGUGCUCUCUCGAUUGCAAGUUCUGUUUUGGUCCCUGAGGUUGAUGCUGUCGUUGCAUUUUAUGGAGUUCCUUCAUCACAGCUUGCAGACCCUGCCCAAGCCAAGGUUCCUGUUCAGGCUCAUUUUGGAGAGCUUGAUAGUUUUGUUGGCUUUUCAGAUGUGACGGCCGCCAAGUCUUUGGAGGAGAAGCUGAAAGCAGCAGGAAUCCCAUAUGAGAUACACAUUUAUGCAGGUAAUGGACAUGCUUUCAUGAAUAGGUCUCCGGAAGGUGUUAAGCGGAGGAAGGGCAUGGGAUUGCCCGAUGAGGAUGAAGCUGCUGUAGAGCUCGCUUGGUCUCGCUUCCAGUCAUGGAUGACCAGCUACUUGUCUGCUUAAGCGGUGUGAGAUUUUAUGUAUAUAUAUAUAAACUUAUCUACCAUUUGGUUGGUACUAGCCAACUAAAAUAGUUGAGUCCAAUUUUAAUAGCUCGGUAUAUUGGAUAGUUUCUAUUGUGCUUAUUGCUCUGGGUGUUUCUUAUGCAACUUUGAGGGUUCUUUGGUGGUCAAAUAAGUUAGUUUGCUUGUAAUUACCUUAUCCUGAGGUUUGGCUUGAAGUACAGUAUGUUUUGGUUUUUA